UAAAUUGAAGCUACCGAUUUAGGGCUUUUCGGAAGUGUAUUUCGCUCUUCGCACGUAAUGGAUGUUUCUGCUACUUUUUAUUUGCAGAGUUGUGGCUUUUGUUGAAUUGACAGCCAGCCAUAGCCCUGCGGCCCCACUGACGAGAGGCAGCGGAAGGAGCGAUGGCAGCCGGAGGCUCGGACCAGUACGAGCUGGACGUCCACCUGUCGGUGGGAUUCCUCCGCAAACAGCUGGGAGGGACCAUCGAGGAGGCGGUGCGCACGGCCGUGGAGACGGUCCUGUGCGAGACGGUGCGCCUGCUGGGCGAGCGCCUGGGACACCUCCAGGGAGCCCGCGAGCACGAGGGCCUUGCGGGCGUUGCGGGCCUUGCGGGCCUCCCGGGCCUCCCGGGCCAGAGCCUGAAGCUGUGGUUUGAAGCUGCGGGGGAGGACUGGAAAGCGGAGCCCGGUGGCGACGACAGUUCCCGGGAUCAGGGGAGCGCGGGCAAAGCCGCGAGUACCAGGAGCACGAGUCGGCCGAACUGCGGCGCCCAGAAGCCGCACGGCCACGGCGACGUCCCGGAGCCCCCCCGCGACGAGCACGCCGAUUUCGGGGUGUUUCCCGACCCCUUCGACAUGGCGUCCGCUGGACCUCGGGAGGAUUUUGCGGAAGGGCAAGACAUGGGGCUGCCGGAGGACUGGGAGUUGAUGAAUAAGGUGUACAAGGUGGAGCACAGCGAGGCCCUGUCCUUCAUAGAUGAGGGUGGGACAGCACACUAUGCAGAGGACUACAUGAUGCACGACAGGGAUCUGAGGAUCAUCACAGUCCCUCUGGAAGAAGAGCUCUCUGAGAUGGACACAGCCGGCUCCAAGGACCAUCCGACGCAGUUCAGACAGGCCGACAUCAAAAAGGAGCUUCCGGAAGCGCAAACCUCCGGCGUGUUGGCUGAAGCUGCAGUGCUACCCUCUCGUGGUGAGCCCCAGGGCGAGGACAACAAGGGGUGUGACGCUCCUACGGAGUUUGGACCCCAGAACCAUCUGGAGCAGCUGCGGCUUUGGCUGGAGCGCCUCUGUCCCGAGGUGGUGCGCGAGUACGAGCGCGACGGCUGCCUGUGCGAACUGUCCCGCAGGAAGCUCAUCAAGUUCGCGGUGUCAUUCAUCAUGGAUCAGUUUGGAUUCUACCCUACCUCUGCACAGAAGACCAUGUUGGCAGAGCACAUCGUGGAGCUCUUUCCCAGCCUCCGCUUGUGCGUUCCCUCAGCUGGGAUCAACGGUGUGGAGCACCUGUACGACCCGGUGUCGCGGACGGGCUACAUCGAGACGCGGCUGCGCAACUUCCGACGGACGCUGGAGGCCGACAAGAAGAAGUACGUCUUGAAGCGUCGGCGGGCAGAGCUGGGUCUCCCGGGAGCCCCAGUGGGGCAGGGCCAGUCAUCGAGCGAAGAGACUCGCAAAUGGGUGGCGCUGAUGAAGAGGACCAAGCCGCUGAGCAAGAACUUGCCGACCAUCCGCACCGCCAUGGAGCGCACCUUCGUGGCUCGCAGGAAGUGGAUGAACAGCGCGCGACCUUGCUUGAGCGCCGUGCUGGCCAAAUACCCGCGCUUUCUGGACGUUCCCUCGACGAUUGACCUGGAAUUUGAGAAGAUGUACCCUGGGAAAGGGGACGCCUUCAUGUCCAAGUGGAGUUCCAGCGUGUUGCCGAGGGUGCGCCAGAUCGCGGAGUGGGAGAAGCACCCAGAGAUCACUGCCCUCCUCCAGCAGGCCAGCUCCCAGCAGGAAGAUUCCUGCACGCUUACCAUGCUGAAAGUGCUCAUGCUCUUACUACCUCCAGCCAACACGGGCAGAGGUUCCCUGCCCACCAAGUUCAGCAUCAAGCAUGCGAUUCGCUACCUGGUAGAUCUUGUCCCGAUGGACACGAAUGUGUCCACAUUGUUCUGUGACCUGAGCACCGCAGAGCCACCCAGCACCCUGCCCAGGCCCUACAUCCUGAGUGUGGGACCCCUGGACUCCCCUGGCAGGAAGCUUUACAUCCUGGCCCCUGUGGAGCGUGUGGUGAUGGCUCUGCCGGAGGGAGGCCUGAGCGCCGCCGUGGACAAGCUCUUCAAGUUCCUGCGCAUCUUCAACCUAGACUACCCCGUGCAGCUCGCCCCGCUUUACAGCUUCCUGGAGCACCUGUAUGGCUUGGAGAAGCCCCACAGUGCCCUUGGGAGCAAGAAGUCCAAGGUACUGGAGCUGGUGUCAGGUCUCCAGGCUCUCUCCUGACGGCGUGGCGGUCGCACGACUCGAUCUCACCCGCGGGAUUGGCCCCCCGUUUCUCCCUCUCAUCAUGUUUUUGCCUUGACUCUAUCACACACUGAGUACGUAUGUUUACCUCUGAAAAGACACGUGGGCAGUCACAGACCUCGAGGGCGGUGGGCUCUGCUCGUUGUCCAGUGAGAAAGAGGAAGGGCUCAGUGGCCCAGUGAUUCAUCCCUUACAGUCAACAAGUCAGCUUGAGUUUUAAAUCAAGCGAAUCGGUUACUGACAGCACAGUCGAUGUCACCGGAACUGUUACGCACCAACAAAACCGGACUUUGCUAGGAAAAUGUUUUGGUAAGGGAUUUGAUAUCACAUUGUACUUUUUUUACUGUCUUUCUUUGUACAGCUGUUGUAGCUUUUAGGUUUGAGUGGCGCAGUUCAAUGUCUAAGUGCUACACUGAACUUGCGGCACAAAUGCAGCACUGCAGUUUUACCCUGGAGCAGCCAGAGUCACCUGGGCAAACAUAACAAAUGCCCAAUGUUCACAAGGACCUCGCACUGACUGCCUGCGCUUCCUGCAUUCAGUCGAACACCUGUGUAAUGUGAUCUCUUCCGGAUUUCGUAUGCACCGAGACCUCUGAGCUAAGGCGGUUUCCGGCGCUGGAACCGUACUCCCCUCAGCACAACCCGUCCCAUGGGAAGUCCUGCGGUUUGGACUGUAUGGGUGGGUUUGAUGCACAGCAGGUGCAUUUCCCAUCUCUGCAGCUUUAGUGUGUGUCAUUUUUAAUGUAAGGCCUUCCUCAGUUUUGCUCUUCAUUAAAGAUAGCCAGCAGCCUCCUUCAGAUUUGACAAUAGGUUCAUGACCACUUCUGGUUUCCACUUACCAUUCUCCGCUCUGUCGUGGUACUUGGUGCACUUCAGACAGGCCGGCUCCUCGUCUUACAUAAACAACUGGGACCAGAAGUCUGUUCCUAAUUUGAUUUACGCAUAAAUCCAAAGUCAGUUUUAUUGCAAAGUCACAGUCAAUGUGUCAAAAUACAGACCUCCCGUCAUUUAUUACAUUCUGUAGAAAUGUCUGCUACAGCUAUAAUAAGUAAGGCUUAUAAGGCAUUUUUGUUAACCGCACGCUACCUUAAUUUGAAUUGAGUGCCAGCAGGGUUGUGUCUGGUUCUAGAGGAGACUGGGGAUUAGGUGACAGAGGGUAGCCUUAGGGAGGUCUUAUUGCAAAACAAACCAGCCAGAGCACAAACAUGAAUGCAAUCACAAAAUCCUUUUGGCUGCAACAACAGCAUACACUGCAAAACAAACUUAGCCCUGCAGGGUUCUGCAUUCCGGACGUUUACUUUCGCCUCAGUCAAUUUAAGUAUACUAGGGCUUCACUAGCUGCACCUGGUGCUCGUUUCUCCCCACAUGUAGCUCCAAAACCAGGAAUUGGGGAUAAGAUGGAUUCUUUGUCUUUGUGUGCCUCGGAAAUAAAAAUUUUAAAAACACGUUUUUUCACAAACUCCUACUCUAUAGCAGUUGUUGACCACUUCACCUCAAAAUUACAUGUGAUGUUCCCCUUAUUGGUCGUCACUUCCCCUUGGUCAUCAGUACAGCACACCAGGCACGAGCUGUACACAAUAGGAAGGUGACUUGAAUGCACACAGCCCCACUCGGGGAGUCAGCGUACUGUGCAUUACCUCUUCAGCAUGUCCUGCGGACCCGGUUGAACCCUCAUCUCCUUACCUCGGUCUCUGCGGCACCUUAAACUUCCCACUUUUGUCAGAUUGUACAUACAGUACAAGCCUGUAGUGGACAACAUUGAUUCUGUAACUAAGGCUUUUCUUCCCUGGUACAAUGAUAGUCUUAAAUAUUUUAAUUACAUGGUGCAGAAGUACCAUCCUUUUACACCUCCAGCAUGAGUCAGUUGCUUUUAACUACUUAUCCCUGCUAAUAACUGUUCCCAACUUACUUUGGUUUGGUGAAUUGAUCACGGAAAUGGCCCUUGGGGACUGGGCACCUCAUGGCCAUCUGGUACCUGUUGGUUGGCUGAGACACCGCGUUACCCAUUACAUUACAUUACCCUCUUUAAAUAAUAAGUUAUUAAAAAGUGGAUGGAGUAAAAUACACCACUGCAGUUUAAGCGUUAAAUUUCAGGUAUUGAACGAAGGUGCUCAGUGUUUUGGUUGUGAAAAACCAAAUCUCCAGGGCUCUUGUCUGCUCAGCCCCAUUUUUACCCAGGGUUUAAUCUAUUGCUUGAAUUCAUUUUUCAUUCUUUGUGUUCUUUUCUUGCCUGUCGAUUCCUACUUGGGGGCAGAGUCAAUGAAGCAACAAGUUUGGAUCUUUAGCUCUGCCGCUUUUUUUUAGAUUUACCCCUUAUGCAAGUAUUUUCACAUGCCAGGCUGAAAUAAAUAGAUCUUGAUUGUUUUCCUGAGUCAAAGUCCUUCGUGUUGACAGUACUCGACUACCUCUUCUGAACCCAGUUUUAAAUGUGGGCAUCUGCUGAGAGUGCUUCGAGUGCAUCGUUGUGUUUGUUGCUGCCGCUCUAGUUGCUCAUCCGUAGAAAUAUUUUAGUUAUUUAAAUGUUGUUUCGGGUGAU